UGGUAAUAAAGAGCGCCUUAAUACAGCAUUGAACGUCCUUGGUUGUAUCCUGGUGGGAUUGUACUGCAUUAGUUUCACACAGGUGAUACAUCUUGAUGGAGUAUGACCCGGCUUCACCAACGGAUGAGUUAGAGGAUUGUUCUCCGUCGCUUGAUUUAUCAGCUAUUCCACUACCAAGGCCAAUUAAUGCUCCUAUACCAAAGAGUGUCAGCGAUGUAUGUAAUAUUCCGCUACCGCCGACUGCCAAGAUAGAAGCUUCAGACAUUCCCUUACCAAAUCUCAAUCUAACAGUUGAAAAUUUAGAUGACAAAGGACCGCCGUUCCAUCCUCGUUUGUCUUACCUCCCAAAGUCUGACACAAUGGAGUCCUUAGGACCUCUAAAAUUUAGUAUGCGAAAGUCUACCAAGUCUUUACCAGGUUCAGAUGUGCCUACAGAAUCAUCCGGGGUUUUCGAAUCAUCUAAGGAUGUAAAAGUUGAGGAGCCUAAAGCCAUGCCUAAACUCCAAGCGAUGAUGAAAAGGUCAAAACCUUCUCAACUCCCUGUUGGUGUCUUACCUGCCAAAAACAAAUUGCCUGCUACUGAGGUCAAGACCGAUUUGUUUUUACCAACUAAAGAAAGUGAGACUUUAUGUUCUACUUCAGAUCACACCAAAGGUUUACUGUCUCAUCCUCAUCCUGUUCCAUCUUCUGAUUCCAGUGAUCUUCAGGCUACUAGUUCUAUAAUCAGUUCUGGACAACUGGUCCCAUCUGGUACAGUUGACAAGUCUGUGGUACUUAGUAAUAAUAUUUCGAAUAAAGCACAUAUUCCUGGAACAAAUUUACCAUUGAAAGCCUCAACAAUACCGAAUUUAAUGAGUCUAAAUAUCCAACCACUUCACCACUCUGUACCGAUUGUUGCCACUCGAAAUUUGAUCCAUGCUCAUGCAACCGAUCCUACUCUUGUUCAGGCGUCGAUACCCCCAACUGCUGGAAUGCAGUUUGUUAAUCCCCAAAAGUUUAGAUCUGCGCAGAUGAUCGCUACCCCGUUAAUAGCUAAUCCGGCUGUUGCGAAUCAGUCUCAACAGAAUGAGGAGACGCCGAAGAGCAAAAAUGGUCGCCGUCGGUCAAGAUCACAUUCCCACAAAUAUCCUAGGUCACACAGGCGAUCUCGUUCUAGAAGGUCUAGCGGAAACCGACACUCACGACGUCGUCACUCAUCUAGCUCAUCGAGUUCGGUGCACCGCUCUAGCCGUGCUCGCCACAGAUCGCGGUCAUAUCAAAAUUCUAAAGAACGUCACCGCUCAUCUACUGCUCAUGGUCAUCUUAAAGGUAGUAGGAAACGCAGUAUUGAUCAUAAAAGAAAGUUAGAAGCCGCUGAAAGUAUAGGAAAACGGGAAUCAGACAGAAAAAAGUUUCCUACUUCUCAGAAAAAACUGGACCACAAAGAUUCACACUUGGAAGAGACAAAGAGAUCUUAUCAUCGCUCAGGCACUCCCGAAAAAAAAAAGAAAUUGUGCGACAAAAUUGAACGUACAUCAUCUGUUAAAAAAAGAAAGACUAGCACAAAAAAUGUCACUCGACCCGUCGUCAAAAGCCUUACAGAAAAAGUAGAUUCUGAUGUUAAGCGAGAAUCUGAUAAUGUGCAAUACGUUCAGACGCAGAAAUUAACUUCACGUAUUACUGGUACACUCGAAGAUGUUUACCGUAAGACCCAACCAAAAAUGGGUUACAGACAGUCUUCGGAACAAACUGAUAGUAAUGAUCCCUCGAAUAGUAGCCCUAAUUCAUCAUCAAACAGCGGAAAUCAAUCUCCUAGAAAGCUUAUUUCACUUAAGCAUGAACAGUCGAGUAAUAGUAGCUCGACAGAUUCUGACUCAAGUCAACAUGAAACUAAUCAUUCAACCGGUGAGGUUAAACGUCGUCACAGUGAGGCUAUCCGAAAUGAACGACAAGUGAGUAAUAUGAAAUCUCAAAAACGGACGUCACAGUCACUCCAUCCAUCCAAAAGUGUGAAUAUAGGUAAGGCUUAGUCCCUCCGUUGAGUUUUGGAACUACUAAUGAAAUUAUCACAGCUCCCUCUAACAAUUAAGUAAACUGCUAUUCAUACAAAUCAUUCAGUACUUUGUAUCUACGCCCUUGAGGUUUCAUGACAGAUCAACUUUUUGUCUUCUUGAGUGUUGAUUUAAUUACAUCUGAACCUGUGUGUACACUUUCCGUUUAGGUCAAGUAACAUCAGUCUACAAAGCGCUGAGUGUAAUUUUCAGCUGUAUUUUUAAACCUUGUACAUUUUGGCAAUAAAUUUUGUUUCUCAGCUGUGGUUUUUUAAGAAAUCCUGUCAGAGUGAGGUUGUUAUUCUUUGGCGAUAUCUCUUGGGGUGUUUCGUUUAUCGAAUAAGAUUGACACAGUUUUAUUGCGAGUGAUCUGUCAUUUGUUUACUCGUUUGUGUUGGUAGUUUGUGAUUUCAGUUUAGGCGGAGUCUAGUACUCGCUAGUCUUAGCCACCAUCCGCAGUGGUUGCUGUGUAGUCGUGUGAAUCUUGGUCCUACCGCUAAGAUUAUUUCUUAGGGUUUCCCUAACAGAUUUUAUUCGAAUGUCUGGAAAUUACCUUUUGUUUUGUAGAUGAAAUACCACUACCAUCUCCACCUAACAAUAUACCCAAUCGUAUGGAAGUUCAGCCGGCGGAUAGCUAUUUCAUGGAGUCGGAGUCGAAUGCAGAGUUGGACACAGUCUGUCCACGUAAUAUAGAAGUUGAUAAUGCUCAGAGCUGUCCUGGGGUUCCUGACUUAUUUUCUCAUGUUUCAAGUGAACCUAGUUACACCAACGAGUCAUCCCAGCAUUUGGAUUUGCAAGGUGUUCAAAAAAUGUGUGAGGUGACUGAUGGCAUCCAGUCACAACCUGCUAGAGACCUGGAUGUGUUAGAUAUCCAGUGCUCUGAAAUUGUUGAACACGUAGAUGGUACACCACUAACAGUUGUCAGUACGCAGGACAUUAGGCCAUGCGAAUCGAAAUACGACCUGCGCAAACGGAAGAUUAAGCCUCAUAUCCCGAUGUGUUUUCUGUCCAACACUCUCAAUCCGUAUGAAAGAUUAUCCGAUUAUGAUGUUGAUCUAAGCAGCAUUUUUUCUUCGUAUCCUGGAGCACCUACUCCACAAUACACUCACCUGUUGAACAAUGACUACAGUCUUUUGAGUUCAACCCGUUCAUCGAUUCCCAGUAAGUCAACAUACUCGGGGAGUGGCAAGCUUCUUGGGGCAACUGGAUUGCGUGCUAGUUCAUUACACUAUGAAAUGCGACAAUGGAUUUGCGAUUGUGUCGCUCCUACUCCAGUGGAACUUAACCUAGGCAUACUUUCCUGUGGUCCUGGUUGCAUUAACCGUGCCCUAAAUAUUGAGUGCGGACUGCAUUGUGCUGCUGGUGAUUUCUGCAGUAAUCGUCAGUUCCAGAUGAGGCUUUACGCUCCGACGAGACCCUUUUAUGCGGGUAAAGACAAAGGAUGGGGACUGAUGGCAACAGAUAACGUCGAAAAAGGAACCUUUGUGAUUGAAUAUGUGGGAGAAGUUAUUGACUUUUCUGAAUUUCGUCGUCGUAUCCGGCGGUACGAACGCCUGGGUCACGCUCAUCACUACUUUAUGGCUGUGGAGUCAGAUAGAUUCAUCGAUGCUGGUAGUAAAGGCAACUGGGCAAGAUUCGUAAAUCACUCAUGCGAACCCAACUGUGUUACUCAAAAGUGGAGUGUAAAUGGUGAAAUACGCAUUGGGUUUUUUGCUAAAGAAGAUAUCCCAUCUGGUCAGGAAGUAACCAUAGAUUACCAGUUUGUCCAGUAUGGUGUUUCUGAACAAAAGUGUUACUGUGGUGCAUCUACCUGCUCUGGUAUAAUGGGGGCGACCAGCAAAUAUUUGCAAGAAAAAGUUCGCAUGAAAGAUACUACAAUGGUUGAAAGACGCAUUCUUCAGCUCCUUCAAUUAGAUUCAUUCAGAAAUGCAGACGAUAUAACUCUGUUAUUACAAGUUAUGGUUCAAGAAUGUCUUACAAGGUACACCCGACUGCAGCUUCUCAACCGUCUGAUUAAAACAGAAAACGAUGCUUGUCUUAAACUUUUUCGACAGUAUAAUGGUCUCGAUAUGUUGGCAGCCUUUAUGUGUGAUGCAGCGCCAAAAGAUUGGGAACUCAAAAAGCAAAUAUUAGUUUGCUUAAAACACAUCCCCGUUUCAGAGCAAAAACAGGUACAGUCAAAUUCACGCCUUAUGGAAAUAGUAGCACAGUGGACAUCCGAUCCUCACCAUUGUCGGGCACGUAGUAUUCCUCCAGAGUCGUGGAAGAGUGUUGAUCUACAUAUAGCAGAUACUUCAAAUGUUACUUUGGCUGGAUUCUCUACUGAUGAACUCCCCACGGAGUCAAAUUUCGAUUCUGAUGAAACAAAAUCACUUUCUAAGAGUACCAAAGACAAUGAAUCUUCUUCCAUACAAACAGGUGAUAAGAAUAGUGAUUUCGCUGCAUCGCCUUCGAGUUCCGACUCAUUUAGUUCUUUUUUGAAGGAGAAUGCAUCAUGUGUAUUGCAUGCCUCGACACUUCCAGUUUACGAAGAAGGAUGUAACACUAUUACUCAAACUUCGGAUUGUGAUAUGUCCCCAGUGACUCUUGUGGAUGAUGGUAAUGGUGAAGUUGAAAUGGGAUAUGCAGCGGACGACAACGAAUUAAAUAUGGAUGCUGAACUAUGUGAGAGUAAAACGAAUGAGGAAAGGAUAGAGGAAAUCAAGGCUUUGGCUUGUGAACUGCUUGAAAAAUGGUCUAAAUUACCGAAGGAAAACUACCGGAUACCUCGAUUGGAGCGUCAAGAAACCGAGAAAAUGCUUCAUAUAUCAAAUCCAAUUGGCUCUUCUCUUAUCUCUUGGGGAUCAGAAUACAAAGAUGAUCAAGCAAUGUCAAAUAAAUCUUGGAGUCAGAAUACUAGCUGUAAAUUCCAGUCAAAUAAAACUUUACGUGAUAAACUGGUUUCAUCUUUCGUUCGAGAGCAAAGUGGUCCAAAAGCAUCUAACAGUUCAUCAUGUUUGUCCAAAGCUGAGAGACGUAUGCUGUUUGAAGCUCAAGUUAAAGCUAAUGAAAAUCAAUGUUCAUCUGAAAAUUUUGUCCCUACAUCGGAUGAACUUGUGCAGAAAAAUCCGUCUAAUGCUGAAAAAGAUACAGAUCAUCUUCGUCAGUUACUACUCUGUGCACUUUUAAGUGAGUGCGGUCGAAACAAUACUGCGCUUUCAAAUCUUUUAUCCAACAUAGCAGUAGAACUGAAAAGCAUGCCUGUUGUUUCUACUUUGUUACAAGCCUUACCUCGUAUGUUGAGUUUGAUGUCCAGUUCCAACGAUUCAGAUUUGGUUACGCGUCUUUGUAAAGAACUCAAACGGUAUGCUGAUGACGACUUAAACUCAUUACCUGCGGGCUGGAAAUCUGCUGCUGAUUCGACUGGGCGAUUGUAUUAUUACAAUAAAGAAACCAAUAGUGUUCAGUGGGAGAAGCCUCUAAUAGCUGUCAAUCAAAAAGAUGACAAAAACACCCUUACUGAAGAGCAAUAUGAACAGAUGAAAAAACAGUUUACUCGUGAGGUUGGAAAUUACAUUUUGCGUCUUCUGAAGCCCUACAGACUACCCAAUUGUUUGACUGGUCGUAUAGACUCGAACGAAGACUUUUUGCAUAUAACGAAAAAGGUGGGAUUCUCUUUUAUUACCUUUAAGCUGAUAACUAAUUACUUCAUUUUCCCAUCUGUCAUAAGUUAUGCAUUUCAAAUACCAAUAAGAAAUUGCGAAAUAUAAGAAACAAAACAUCACAUGUAAGAAAUAUAUGUAAAUGUGUUGUCCUGUAAGUAAAAUUAACGGAGUAUACCUGUAUCCGUUUGUCUCAUAGUCCUUUUUUAUUUCCACUACGACUCCUCAACACCUUAAAACUGGAUUUUUUGAAAGAAAGAAUUUCCUUAACAUAUUGUCCAGCUAGUCAACACGAUUAUUCUAAACUUCCCUUCUGUAUUUCUGUUGGCACACUCUCAGUUCCUUCCAUGGUCACAAUAAGUUUAUUAUAUUGUAUGUAUGUUCAUCUUGAGCUAUAUAUUUAUUGUCAAUACUGCUAAUCCAAUGAAAUAACAACAGAAUACUCAUAAACAAAAAGAAACUUGAUGUACAUCAAGAAAUGCUAUCAAAUUUCUUCCAGUAGUCUAAUUUGUGUUUAGAUACUAUCCGUAUUUUUCUUCAGGAUUUCACUUAUAUAUUUGUUAUCUCAUUGUAGUUGUAGUGUCUUUAAUAUUCUGUUGACAUCUGCCCAUUUUACAACUAAUAUUCACUUGUAGUGAAUAUGAUUUUGAAUAAAGGGAUAUUCAAAAUGUAUUGCUGAUAUCGUUUAAUUUAUCAUAACUAAUUCGUUUUUUUCGAUUUCUGUUAAAUUCAUGUAAUAUUUUAGACAAUUAAAAAACUAUCUCAACUUUAUUUUACAGCUGACUCAUUCGUUCGUAUCGAAGGAACUAAAAAGAUCAUCAAUAGCUUCACCACCAACGUUUUCAAACGGACUUCAAGAACGUAUACGUUCAAGUGUUACACGAUAUAUGACUUCACGUGGGCCAGUAUAUAGGCGUAAAACAAAAAUCAACAAUCCUAGGUGACCUAAGUAUAUAUAUAUAUUACUAGCAAAUCUGUAUAUAGUCACAAUUUUCUACAUACUGAAGAGCAAUUAUGGUAUAUGUAUAUAUAUAUUUAUAUAUACUUUGUUCCAUUAUAUGAUCGUAUGUCUAUUUCAGUGAUAAUUUAAUUUAUUUAGCUUAUAGCUUCCAUUGAAAUUGUAGGAGUUUUCAAUUUUUUCAACAAUUAAAACCACUAUUGUAUAUGUUAAAUAUAUACAAUACUUAUUUUAUUCCAUGGCAGCAUUUUGCUACAAAAAUUAUUUACUACCGGUAACUUGCUUAGUUUUAAUUUAUUUCUCAGGUUUUUAACAAUUGUAUAUGUUUUUCCUCUUGUAGUAGGAUUAUGAUGAAAUGUUAGUAUUCUUCUCAUUGCACAUACUGAUAUCUUUCUUAUUGAAGUUGUAAAUAACGAAUGGCUGUGUUUAUUGUUGAAUAACUUUGAUGAACAUUUUAACCAGGAUAAUACUGUAGUUUCAUGUACGUCUAUCUCUUUCUUACGUAUUUAAUUCGACUUCUUUAAUCAAAUGAUAUUUUUAAACCGAUCUAGGCAGCUUCUUAUUAACCUUAGUAUUUCUCCCCGUUUGAUAGUAACUGACCGUAAUUAUUUAAAAAAUUAUGUACUGGGAAACCUAAAUAAAUUAAUGUUUUUUUAUG